GUUACCGCGCUCGUUUCAAAAAGAGCAGUGAUUUUGUUGUGAUUAUACUUGCCUUGGGUACUUAUUGCACCAAAAAGCAUUCUUGGUCUACUUUAACUUAAAGUACUUUGAUUAAAGUUUGAAAUGUUUUGCUAAAUUUUGUCCUGAGUACCUGUUUUUACUCCUGACUAACACUUCAGAAGUAUUAGAUAGUGAAAUCCAGUUGACUGGUUUCAUAACCAGUAGGGCUGAUAGAUUAAACCGUAGGGGAAGCGGGGUUAUUCUCUACACGAAAAGUACCCUAACCAUAAGAUUAGCUGAGACAGUAGCACAUGUUUCAGGGACAUUUGAACUGGUGAAAUGUAAGUUGAGAUGCCGACGGCAAGAUAUUGAAUCAGUUGUAGUAUAUCGCAGUCCAGAAUGUGUAGCAGAUGAUUUUAUCCUAAGUAAACUUAAGUCCUGGUGUAACAACAGUAAAAGUAUUGUAGUAGGCGACUUUAAUGCACCACAUAUAAACUGGGUAAACUUAGAAGUAGGGUCAUCCAUAUCGUCGUUCGACUGCAAACUGUUAGACACCUCGAUUGGAUUAGCUGUAUUCCAACACAUUAGAGAUCCAACAAGAUACGACUUAAGAAACUCUUCCUCUCUUUUAGAUUUAGUCUUCACACACGGUGAUGACGUCGAUCAAAUGGCUUUUCUCUCACCACUUGGGAGAAGUGACCAUGCAGUCAUCUUAUUCAAAGUCAUGGCUGAGAUUGCCUGUCAAACAGUUGCACAGGCCCGUCCCAACAUAUGAAAGGCAGAUAUGCAGGCAACUAACUCCGCAGCAGCGGCUGAGAACUGGGAAAUUGACUCAAAGGCAUCAGUACAAGAGGCAUGGACUCUAUUCAGGCAGUUAUACAAUCCGGUAACUCAACCAUACAUACCCUGGACUGUCCCAAAGAAAAAGAAGCACGGACAUCCCUGGAUAGGGCGGGAUAUUCGACGCUUACUAAGACAAAAGAAGAAAUGCUGGGAUGGUGCCAUCCGCCUUGGUACAGCAGGUACGAUGGAACGCUACAGAUCGAUAAGAAACGAGUGUAUAACUAAAAUUCGGGAAGCUCAAAGGAAAUAUGAAAUGCAACUGGCACAAUCUGCACUCAAGCAGCCCGAGAGAAUAUUUUCGUACAUAAACUACAGAACAAGGAUGUAUCAUUGGAUUCCCAACCUAAUUAAAGUAGGAAGUGAAUCUGAAAUGACAGAGGAAGAUCAGGAAAAAGCAGAGGCUAUUGCUGAAUAUUUUGGGGCAGUUUUCACGCAGGAACCUCCUCUAGAGAAAGAACCAGACCCAAAUACAGAGUCAACAAACCAGCUGCUCGCCGUGGACUUCGACCAAAACGAUGUGCUUAAGGCUCUUAGCACCCUAAACAUGAAGACGUCAACAGGACCAGAUGAACUACACCCUAAAAUAUUGAGACAUAUUGCCCAAUAUAUCGUGGCCCCACUGACUGUGAUGUUCAGUAUGUCACUUGACCAAGGUGUGUUACCUAUGGACUGGAAGGACCCAAUCAUCACUCCCAUACAUAAAACAGGUCCACGACAAGUUCCAUCGAAUUACAGACCCGUAAGCCUCACCAGUGUGGUAAUUAAAAUACUGGAAAGAAUAAUCAAACGGACCAUAACGGCAUCUAUGGAAACCAAUAACUUUCUGAACAUGGCACAACAUGGUUUUAGAAAGGGUCUAUCCUGUACAGCGAACCUCCUUAUAGCACGGGAGUUCUGGAUUAAUGCGCUAGACAACGGAAACUCAGUGGAUGUUGUCUAUAUAGAUUUCAGUAAGGCUUUUGACGCAUUUACUCUUCAGGCAGACUUAAAUAAUAUGAUAAACUGGUAUAAAGAGUGGCUGAUGCCUAUCAACGCGGAAAAGUGUGUCUACAUGCACUUGGUGGAUUCAGAGGUUAAUAAGUACAACAUAGGGGAUGUGUCAUUAUCCGUAGUCCGGUCUCAUAAGGAUCUAGGGGUGACAGUGAGUAAUGAUCUUAAGACGACGGCCCAUUGCCAGGAGGUCGCAGUUAAGGGGUUUCGAACCCUCUGGGCUUUAAAAAGGACAUUCACUAAGUUUGAUACUACCAUGUUCACCACAUUAUACACAUCCUUAGUGAGAACUAAACUAGAGAACUGCGCUCAGGCUGCAAGCCCCUGUUUAAAAGGUGACUCGGAAAUACUAGAAAAAGUACGGAGAGCAGUUACCUGUGCAAUUCCGGAACUCCGGGGUUUAUCAUACAAAGAGCGGCUUGAAAAACUUGACCUCUUUACUCUGUCCUAUCGCAGACUAAGGGGAGAUCUAAUUUUGAUGUACAGAAUACUGAGAAAUGAUUUCGGACCUAAAUUAUUCUCUCUCUUUCUUCCCACUAGAGCAGGACACCUUAGAGGACAUAGCAGGCGAGUAGAAAAGCCAAGAACGAACAAAAUACCCGUGGCAUACAGGUUUUCACACCGAGUCAUCAAUACUUGGAACCUGCUGCCUGAAGCAGUGGUGUCCGCACCUUCAAUUGACUCUUUCAAGAGAAGACUGAACACUCACAGAAGCAUACUAGAAAAGGAAUAAAAUAGGCCAUAGGCCUUCUGUCCUUACUACACAAAUCUGAAAUCUGAAUCUGAAUCUAAUGUGUACUGCAAGGCAGUUGACAAUAUGAUCUGGUUUGACCGGGCACAGAGUCGCGGCAUAGAAUUUGCUUGUUGAUGCUCAUCGGCCAUCGGGAGAUUCCAUAAGUACAAAUCGCUUUCUGAUAAUCCACUUACAUACUUGUUAGCUCAAGUCAUUCAGCUUAUUCCCUUUGAAUCGCACACAAGAAAAUCUUGAUCUAUAUCUGAUAUUGCUUGGAAUUAUUGCUUCCACAUUAUCACAAUCAUUAAUACAUAUUUGGACCUAUAACACCCACCCAUUCGACAAUAACAAGUAACUCAUAUUUCGCAUACAUUUAUUUUUGUGUUUAAUAAGCCGAUCCCCUUUAUAAGUCUUAAAAAAUGGACUGAUUAAUGAUAUUCUCAUAUUUUCAUUGGUCCUCCACAUUUUUUUUAACAAAGUACAGAGUAAUUUAUGCAUAAAAAACCUCUUGCCCAAUACAAAAGAACCCUAGUCAGGUAUAACUGGAUAAAUCUUGGUUUAGUAUGAUCAUUUAUUGAGUUCAUACAAAAUAUUCCAAGUCAAUAAUCUCCAUCGACACCAUAAAAUACGAGUGGUGAUUCUAACUCCUUACACAGCAACAAACCUGAACAAAGACAAAAUAGUGAAAAAAUGUCUUCCACAGCAGAAAGCCUCAACAUCUAUAUAAUAAACAGCAAGUCCCAUGAAUAAGAAACAAUAAACGGCGAACAAAUCACACUUGGUGGAGAAGCUCUGGAAGAGGUGUAAGACAUUGUAGUUGUGUGACAACUGGAGUUGAUUGGUGCAGAGUUGACCGCGAACACCUUAGUAGCACCAAAAAUUAUGACACAAGUAUUUAUUAACUUUCAUAUUUUAUACAGGCAUCAUAUUUCUUAUUAUUUUGUGUUGAAUUUUGAAAACUUGGUUCUUUUAAAAAGACAACCUCACGCUUCAAAAGCUCUGUUCCACGAUCUGAAUAAAGACCUAAUCACUACUAAGAUGGUUUCUUCUGCCCCUAAAACGAGAGGUAUCAAACAGCACGAACAUGUUGAACCCUAUUUUAAACACAAAAACUGACUUCUGCAUCGCUUAUUAUCUUUUUCGCUUAUCAUAAAUUUUGUACACAUAUAUUUAUGUACAUUGCUUUUUAUCACAAAGUAUUCAUGCUGUAAUCUU